AUUUUCCGUAUACGUGGAUUAUAUUGACUAGUUAUAUAUGUAUAAAUUCAAUUAAAAUAAUGCGUCAAAUAACCUGAAGGGAAUGUUAAGCAGCGUUGUGCUGAUAACAAGUUAUUAUCAGGAAAAAAUAUCCAUAUCCGUUCCUGUAUAAUCACAACAUUUUAUUUCCUAUGUGAAUGAAAGUUUGAAGUUUGAUUUAUAUGAUAUACUGUGAGUUCCUUGUGUUUGAUGAAUUUUUAAAAACAAACGAGUAUUUUACGACUACCAGCCUCGAUUUUAUGUUGAUAAAUUUGAUAUUAUUAUAUUGCUAAGAAUAUAACACUCAUUUAAUUUGCUAUAUACUAACUAAUACAUUGAAAACUUAGUGGUAUUCAAAUUUAUUUUAAUAAGUCAGUGCCUAAACUAUUGAAAAUAAGUGUUUUGUUUCACGUGCGAAAAUGAAUCAUUCUCCAUAUUAUUCUAUCUACCAAACAUACUUCCAUGAGGAUCGCAUGUAAUGUAGUUUUUUUUUUCAAAUUUAUUUUUCGCUUUUAUGUAAAUAUCAUCCUGGCGCUUAUUAACAACUUUAUUUUUGUAUAUAUACAAUUUAGUAUGAAAUCUAGCCGUUGUCGUGUGAAUAAUACAUCGCUUUUCAUCGAAUUAUAUUCCUCUACCAACAAUUUGUGUGACCGAUAGAACGAUAUUCUCCAAAAUAUGUGCGUUUGAUCUUUAAUUAAAGAUUAAACCAUUAAACUUUUAUUCAUUCUCGGGAGUUUUACUAUAGAAAAUAAUCAACACAAAAAGUCGUAAAUUUUAUAUAUUUUAUAAAUUUUUAUAGUAUUGUCCAAAGCUUAUAAAAUCCUGAUAAAAACGUUUCAAUAACAUCCUGCAGCUCAUGGCUUAACAUUUUUUAGCAUAUCCUCAAACUUUUGCAGCCUUUUCUUUAUUAUUUCCUAAAAAUCCUCAAAACCUUGCUUCUAAUAUCCAAAAGUUUCAUACAAUUUUUUAACAAAUUGUUUCAUCAACCCUAACAUUAUGUGCAAAUACCUUUUCCACUCUAACAGUCAGUUCAAAUUCCAACACAAAUUUCUCGACUUUGAAACAUAAAAUUUAGGUAUUUCAUAUGACAUGGAGAGGUUUGCUUUUGGAUUCAAGUGACCCAUAGAAUGAUAUUCUUCAAAAUUUGUGCGUUUAAUCUUUAAUUGAAGAUAAAACCAUUAAAUGAACGCUUAUUAAUUCUCGGGAGUUUUACUAUAGAAAAUAAUCAACACAAAAAGACAAUAAUUUUAAAUUUCAUGUUUUUACUUUCUAUUUGAUGCUCAUAAGAAUUUUCUUUCAAUAAACUCCAGGUUUUUAUAGUAUUAGCUACGAUAACGUUGGCCAAAGCUUAUAAAAUCCCGAUGAAAAUGUUCUCAAUACGUAUAUGUGAUUUCAAUAACAUCCUGCAGCCAAUGGUUCAACAUUUUUUAGCAUAUCCCCAAACUUCUGCAGAUUUGUUUUUCAACAAUUUUGUAGACAUCAGUUUUCUUAACAUCACUUGUGGCAAAAAAUGAUGAUCACGCUGGCCACUGAAAAUCACCUUUAAGAAAGAUAAGCUAUCGGGGAAGUGAAGUAUGAGACAGUUGUCCGCUGAAACCACUUAUCACCUACACCCAUUUCUUCGAUUUCUGGUAGUUAACAAUGUUUAACAUCGACUUUAAAGCAUGAAAUUUAGGUAUUUCAUAUGACAUGGAGAAGUUUUCUUUUGGAUUCAAGUGACCUAUAGAACGAUAUUCUCCAUAAUAUGUGCGUUUGAUCUUCAAUUGAGGAAAAAAAUCAUUAAAUGAACGCUUAUUGGCUUAACAUUUUUUAGUAUAUCCUCAAACUUUUGCAGUCUUCUCUUUAUUAUUUCCUGAAAAUCGUGAGAACUUGAUUCUAGUAUCCAAAAGUUUCAUAAAAUUUUAUAACAAUACAAAUUUCCACUCAAACAAUCAGUUCAUAUUUCACGUUAUGUUUUGUAGUACAAAUUUCUGAUCUUACAGGUCAUGAUCCUCGUAUAUGGUGUUUAGUAUUUGCUCUGCUACCCCAUAAGCACUGAUAACAUGUCCAUCAUUUCAAAAUCUUCAGUCAGCUGUUAUAAUUUACAGAUUCAAAGCUGUCAUAGUUUUCUUUAAGAUAUACUGAGUGAUGGAUUAUAAGAAAUGAAACCGACAGUUAUUUACAUGGUUUAGAAGCUUCAUGCUUUCAGAAAAAUUGGUUUUAAAUUACGAUAUUCAUUGAUUCGCAUCUAAAUGUUUUUUAUUUUCAAUUAUUUCACCUCUAGAAACUAGGUAUAAAUAUUUUUGGAAAUGUUGAUUACUUCAUUAACUCUCAUGACAAUACUGAUCUAAAAGUUUGUCCGUGGAAACAUUUUGGAUCUGUUGAAUCAGAACCAGAAACUAUUGAUGAGAUAGUACCAUGUCAGCAAAACAUUGCCAAGUGAAACUAGUGCUUAGUACAGUAAGAAAGUUUUUAUAGUUCAAAAUAGAUUUACGAAUAUAUCGGCUUUCAAUUUAGUUGUUUUUUAUAUUUUUUGAUUAUGGUAAGUUUGUUAUGAAAUUAUUAUUGUAAUAAGAGAAAAAUAAACUGUUUUUUAGAUAAAAAAGAAACUGAUUAAUUAGAAAAUUCUAAUCAACAUGGAAUGUGCUGAAGAAGAUUUAUUGAAAUUAUUGGAUAAUCAAAAUGAAAUACCACCAACAUCAAAGAAAACUUCAGUGGAUGAUUCUUUAACUCCAGAUUUAGAAGUAAUUCAGUUUGACUUGUAUCCUGUCGAGAAAUACCAUAGGGAAAACUCUAUGGGUCUAACUGUGACUUCUGGCAGUGUGACAAUAAGAAAAGAUGAUAAUAAUUUGAUUGGAAUUAGUAUCGGAGGUGGAUCGCCGUUGUGUCCUUGUUUGUAUAUAGUUCAAAUAUUCGACAAUACAGCAGCUGCUAGAGAUGGAACGUUACAAUCAGGAGAUGAGCUCGUCUCAGUUAAUGGUCAAUCAGUUAAAGGAAAAACGAAAGUGGAAGUCGCCAAAAUGAUUCAGUCCGCAAAGGAUGAAGUUAUCAUUAACUACAAUAAAUUGCACGCUGAUCCUGGACAAGGCAAAAGUUUGGAUAUCGUUCUAAAGAAAAUGAAGCACCGAUUAGUAGAAAAUAUGAGUUCUUCUACUGCUGACGCUCUGGGACUUUCGAGAGCAAUUUUAUGCAAUGAUACUUUGGUAAAGAAAAUGCAGGAGUUACAGGACACCGAAGUUAUGUAUAGAGGGCUAGUGGAACACUGCAAAAGGAUGUUACAAGCCCAAAUGGAUUUACAGCAGGCCAUUAAAGCUAUGGGUGAUGUAUUUUCCGGUAUAGCCGUAAGGGAGCCUCAAGCUCGUGCUAGUGAAGCAUUCAGAUUAUUUGGAGAACAACAUAGAAACAUCGAAAAAGUUGGUUUAGAGAUGGUUAAGAAAGUGAAACCGGUACUAUCAGAUGUCGGAACAUAUUUGUACAAAGCCAUUCCAGAUACAAGACUCACAGUGAAAAAAUACGCAGAUGCCAAAUUUGAAUAUUUGGCGUAUUGCUUGAAAGUAAAAGAAAUGGACGACGAAGAAUGUAGUUAUGCAGCUUUACAAGAACCGUUAUAUAGAGUGGAAACUGGAAAUUACGAAUAUAGAUUGAUUCUUCGAUGUCGUCAAUUAGCACGAAGUAGGUUUGCGAAAUUGAGAGCAGAUGUAUUGGUAAAAAUGGAAUUGCUAGACAACAAACAUAUACAAUCUCUAGGCGGUCAUUUGGUUAAAAUAAUUAACGGCCUAGCAGAGCUACAUACUAAAACAUUACAACUUUUCGAAGGACCAGCUUUGUUUCCCGUAGAAGUGGAUUUAACUAAUACUGCUUUCCAAUAUAAAUCGACAACUCCAUUACCACAGGAAAAUGAAGAAGAUGAUAGAGAAGUAGAAGAAGCUGAAGAAAUAUUGAAUAUGAACAAUGACCAAUUGAUAUCGGAUCUUUCAAAACCUAUCGAGAAAAAUGAUCACAACAAUCAUUCCGAUCUUCUUUUGCCCGAUCUUCCCAAUGAUAUUCAAAAUGAACCGAACUAUGACGAUAUGGACAAUUGGGCAUUGUUAUCUUCUUUAUGUUUAGACAGUCCCCAACAUAAACCACUACUAUCAGGAUUAGAUUAAUUUUAUUGAAAUCUAGAAAAAUUGUAAUUAUAUAUUAAUAAUAGUUUUUUGUAUUAUUUUAAUUGCAAAAAAUUCAAAUUAAUAAAUAUAUUUAACUAAA